CUCAACACAACCAACUGAAGCUUUUCCUACAAUGGGAGACUCUUUCAUCAUAGCUAUAGACUUUGGGACUGCAUACAGCGGGUAUGCCUUCAGUAUAACCUCCAGAGGGGAUGAAAUUGAUCCUUAUUUGAAGGUCUGGGGUGAAGAAGUUGGCCUGGAAACCCCAAAGACUCCUAGCUGUAUCCUUUUUGAUAAACAAGAAGAGUUUAUGAGCUUUGGUUAUGUAGCCAAGGAAGAUUACCUUUCAAAAAAGGGCCAAGAAGCAAGAGACAUGUUCUUCUUUGACUGCUUCAAGAUGGCGCUCUAUGACAAUGACAUCAACAGAGAUCUGAUGAUCAAAGCAGCCAAUGGGAAGUUGAUGAAGGCGCUGAAGGUUUUUACAGAAGCUCUGAGAUUCCUGAAGUAUGAUGCUUUGGAAACCAUCAACUCCAACGCAAAAGGGAGAAAGUUCAUUCCCUCUGACUUCACCUGGGUCCUGACUGUUCCUGCCAUCUGGGAUCCUUCAGCUAAACAGUUCAUGAGAGAAGCUGCAAUGCAGGCAGGCAUUGUGUCAGAGGGAAAUGAAGAUAAACUGGUCUUUGCACUGGAACCAGAAGCAGCUUCAGUCUGGUGUAAGAAGCUUCCAUCAGAUGGUUUCAUCACACAGAACAUCGGCAGAAACACCCUGGACCAGUCUCCAGGAACUCAGUACAUCGUCGUCGAUUGUGGCGGUGGAACCAUUGACAUCACUGUUCAUGAAGUCCUGGAAGGAGGAGCCCUAAAGGAGCUGCACAAGGCAUCUGGAAACGACCUGGGAGGACAAAAUGUGGACAGAAAAUUUAAACAGUUCCUCAGAGAAAUAUUCUGUGAUGGAGUCUGGGACAAAUAUGAAGAAAACUACCCUGGUGAAGUUCAGAAAAUAAUGUAUGACUUCACACUUUUCAAGAAAGGGGAUAAAGAUAUAGAAAUCACCUGCUCACUUAACCUGGGAAGAUUGGCUCAGACUAAAAAGGAUAUUGAAAAGUUCCUUGAAGGAGUUCAAGGAGCUUCCUGGGAUGAAGGAUCGAUCAGAAUCUCCAAAGAGAAACUAAGAUCUUUCUUUGACGAGAGUCUGCAGGGGAUCGUAAAGAGUCUAGACAAUAUUUUAAGAAGAGGUUACAGAAUUGGGUACAUUCUGUUAGUCGGGGGAUACGCUGAUAGCCAGAUGCUACAGAGACACAUUAGUGAAGAGUACAUUGGUGAAUGCAACGUUCUGUGUCCAUUUAGACCACAGGAAGCGAUCCUGAAAGGAGCCGUGAUGUUUGGGAGAAACCCGGCAGUUGUAACAUCCAGAAAAAGUGCCUUCACUUACGGGCUUGCUGUAGCUAAAAGGUUUGAUGCGUCAAAACACAGGGCAGACAAAAAAUUCACAAACCAAGAUGGUGAGUAUUGUGAUGAUAUUUUCAUGAAACAUGUAGAAAUUAAUGAAGAUGUUGGCUGGAACCAAACCAAAAGCUUUAGCUUGUUUCCAACAAGCUCCACACAAACAACCAGGAGCUUUUAUUUUUAUCGCACACAACAUAAAAGUCCAAAUUAUGUGGAUGAGGAGGGAGUAGAGAAAAUUGGUGGGUUUGUACUUGACUCACCAAACACUGAACGUGGCCUGAAUCGUGAAGCCAAACUGAAUAUCAACUUCGGCUUCACAGAAAUGAAAGCAACGGCCACAGACAUCGAUUCAGGUUCAACAAAAUCUAUCAAGCUCAACUUUAUGAGGAGGUGAAAACUUUUCACCUCCUCAUAAAUUCACAACAACAUCUGGUGGCUUUCAUAGUAAUUCACUGCUGUUUGUCCAAACAAGGAACAAACUGUAAAACAAUGUAAUAGAGAAACAAUGAAUUGUAACAUUUAUCAUAUUUUAAAACAAAUAAGUGUAAAAUCAUCUGUGAUACUGACUUUUGAUCACUGUAUGUCUGUAAGUUUUCCAAUAAACUAAUUGUCUGUACAUCUAAA